GAUUUCACAAAAACAUUUGGUGCGUACUCAGCUGUGUCUGUUUGCAAUAAAUAACUCUCACCUUUCUACCAUUGCUCUGCACCUCUUUCUCCUUUUGUCAAAUUCUUCUGUUCAACAGGUGUGUGCUUUGGAAUCAGCAUUUGGCUAUUUGGUCUUUGCCAAUGGAUGCUAAGUCGGCUGUAGAAUUAAUGGAGUCUUCCUCAGAGGUUCAUUUUUCUGGAUUUCACAUGGAUGGUUUUGAGCAAAGAAAGGCUAGCAUAGAACAACCAACAACCUCAGAAACUGACAUGUAUAAACAACCUUUUGUCAUAGGUGUUGCUGGGGGUGCAGCAUCUGGCAAGACAACAGUUUGUGAUAUGAUUAUUCAGCAGCUUCAUGAUCAACGAGUUGUACUUGUUAAUCAGGAUUCUUUUUACAAUAACUUGACGGAGGAGGAACUUACAAGAGUACAAGAUUACAACUUUGACCAUCCUGAUGCUUUUGAUACUAAGCAAUUACUACGUGUUAUGGACAAGUUGAAGCAUGGCGAAGCAGUAGAUAUUCCAAAGUAUGAUUUUAAGAGUUACAAGAGUGAUGAUGUUUUAAGAAGGGUGAACCCUUCAGAUGUUAUAAUUUUGGAAGGCAUCCUUGUUUUCCAUGACCCACGUGUUCGGGAGUUGAUGAAUAUGAAGAUAUUUGUUGACACAGAUGCUGAUGUUCGUUUGGCAAGAAGAAUUAGGCGGGACACUACUGAGAAGGGUCGGGAUAUUGGAGCAGUUCUUGAUCAGUAUUCAAAAUUUGUGAAGCCAGCUUUUGAUGACUUUAUUCUUCCAACAAAGAAGUAUGCUGAUAUAAUUAUACCCCGUGGAGGAGAUAAUCAUGUGGCCAUUGAUUUGAUUGUACAGCAUAUCCGCACAAAGCUUGGUCAGCAUGACCUGUGUAAAAUAUAUCCUAAUUUGUAUGUCAUUCAGUCAACUUUUCAGAUACGGGGUAUGCAUACCCUGAUACGUGAUGCCAAGACAACAAAGCAUGAUUUUAUAUUUUACUCUGAUCGUUUGAUUCGAUUGGUUGUGGAACAUGGUUUGGGGCAUCUGCCAUUUACAGAAAAGCAAGUAAUCACUCCCACUGGUUCUGUAUACACUGGUGUUGAUUUUUGUAAAAGGUUGUGUGGUGUCUCUGUUAUCAGAAGUGGGGAGAGUAUGGAGAAUGCUUUGAGAGCAUGCUGUAAAGGUAUAAAGAUUGGGAAAAUUUUAAUUCACAGAGAAGGUGACAAUGGUCAGCAGGUUAGUUCAUCUGCAUCUAUGGUUUGGUACAAAUCUCUGUUUCACUUGGUGAUACUGAUAUCUUAUGCUUUGAUCAAUGAUCAGCUAAUAUAUGAAAAGUUGCCAAAUGAUAUCUCAGAUAGGCAUGUGUUACUGUUGGACCCUAUACUUGGCACAGGGAAUUCGGCUGUUCAAGCAAUUUCUUUACUCAUAAAAAAGGGUGUACCUGAGUCCAACAUUAUAUUCCUUAAUCUCAUAUCUGCACCUAAAGGUGUGCAUGUGGUAUGCAAAAGUUUUCCAAGAAUAAAGAUAGUGACAUCGGAGAUUGAGAUUGGUUUGAAUGAAGAUUUCCGUGUCAUACCUGGCAUGGGCGAGUUUGGAGAUCGGUACUUUGGAACAGAUGAUGAUGAUGAGCAAGUGGUAGUUUCUUCCCAGUAGUUAUUGUAGGGCAGAAGCAGAAUCCACAAUAAUUUCAGUUGUUCAUCGUUACCAGUGAGACUUCCUCUCGAAAAUAGGUUUAAAUUUGUUUUAUCACUUCGUGUUGGGGUCUGAAUUUUAGUUCUAAAUCAAUUUUGAUUCUAUUGGACCUUGAAAUACCAUUACGUUAUCCUUUUGUUUAUGAAAAUUUUAUAUUACCUUUUACUAUAGUACAUAUUUUUUCUUUAAA